AUGGAGCGUGGCAAAAUUUCCUCCUGCUCCUUCCUCUUCUUCUCGUUAUUAUUAACGACCUUUUGCGCGUCCGUCCGAGCGACCGCGCAAGACCCGAUCACCAUGAGGCAGAUACUUCCAGUGUACGCGAUUAUGGAGAACAUCGAUCUUCUGAAUUCCAGCAGAUGUCGGACGGAGAUAGAAGAAUUUCGUAACGCGGUGGACGAACGAGUAACUUGGGGUCUGAGAGCGAUGGACACCAGUGGCGUGCCACCCAGAGGAUUUCUCUAUGGGAAUAAUCUUUGGUUAGGAGAUCAAAAAGGUUGCUAUAUGCUCUCUGAAAAUACCACGCUACCUCUCUCGGAGAAAACACGAAAGAACAAUUCGAUAUACCGGAAUCCGAACGAGGAGUUUCCACCUUUUCAGCUUCGUUUCUUUGUUGGACGUAUGUGGCACAAUAGCACCGUGCAAUAUCAUAUAGAAACGGAAAAUGAAAACAUGAUCACGCUUGGACUUUGUUUGCCGGCAUCCUGCAGCAAACGCGAUGUAGCCACGAUGCUGGAUAAAGUGUUCCACGACGAAACUCUUUUGAUCGGGAAACUUUUUUCCACCGGCUUCAAAUUGAUCGAAGUCAACGAUUUGGUGAACGAUCGUCAAUGGCUGCUCUCUGCGAAGAUGAUCUCCAUCAUAGGAUUUUUGCUAUUGUUAGUUGCUAUCGCGAUAGCAGCCACGCUAUACGAUUUGUUCGUAUACCGACGGGCAAAAGAACACAGGAAAAAGGAAUUUCUUACCUUUGAAAAUAACAAUACGAGCGAAUUGAAGAGCGAAGCAGAAGAGAAAUGCGAUACCGAUCACGAAGAACCGGUACUCUCAGAGUCGAAGCAGCAGAGUCGUCUCUUCCAGUAUCUUCUCUGUUUUUCGCUUGCUUCCAAUAUACAGCAAAUAUUUCAUCGCGAAAACAGCGAAGAUAAUACGCGUAUGUUCCACGGCCUGAAAUUCUUGGGAAUGGUAUGGAUUAUUACGGCGCACUCCGUCUUCUACUCGCUUCACACUAUAAGUAACAAAGUCGUUCUCUAUACGAUAACCGAUACUAUGCCCGCGCAAAUCCUAAGCAACGCGACGUAUUCCGUGGACACGUAUUUCUUUAUAAGUGGCUUUCUGUUAACGCAUAUAUUUCUGAAGCAACGAGAAAAAGACAAGAGAAUUCCGUCUAUUACGGCAAGGACGAGUCAACUUAUUAGAAUGCUCGUGAAACGAUACGUCAGGAUUACGCCUGCAUAUUUCAUCGUUAUAUUGAUCGUGAUACUGAAUUUUUCCUGGCACGAUCGGGUCUCGUUAGUUCUUCCUCUUGAGCAACCGAGUUCGAAAUGCUCGAAAUAUUGGUGGACCAAUAUACUCUACAUCAACAACUUCUACAAUUGGGACGAGUUAUGCCUGACCUGGAGUUGGUACCUACCCAAUGAUAUGCAGUUCUUCAUAUUUGGCAGUAUUCUCCUAAUGUUAUCCGUCACACAUUACAAUAUCGCCCUGGGAAUAGGCUGUGUUACGCUGCUUUCGUCCAUAGGAUCAAGCCUUUACACGGCGUACACUCUCGAUUACCAACCUUCAUUGGACGAACAAUAUAGGACGUUGACGUACCUUUAUGUACGGCCUUGGAUCAGAAUACAGCCGUAUCUCAUAGGAAUGAUCACGUGCCAACUUCUUUCAAAGUGGAAUUACGAAGUGAAUUUAUCAAAAAGAAGCUUGAUCAUUGGUUCGACGUUGGCUAUUUUAUGUAAUUCUGUGAUUCUAUUCUGCACGGUGAUCAGAGACAUGCCCUUGAGCAUAUCCGUCCCUUAUAUAGGCUUGAGUAGAGCAGGCUGGGCCAUGGGCAUUGCCUGGCUCAUAGUUACGUGCGCGACGAAUCACGCCGGUAUGGUGAGGAAAUUCUUGUCGCUAAAUUUUUUCGUUCCUUUGAGUAGAUUAACCUACUGUGCCUAUCUCAUAAAUCCUAUUCUUAUACUUUCGUUAAAUUCGAUACGUGUUUAUCCCUUUAUCGCCGAUGAAAUCGUGAUUGGUGCUUUGUCCCUUGCAAUGGUUAUCUGUACUUUUAUCCUUUCGAUUCUGAUAUCCGCAGUAGGAGAAGUGCCGUUUAUAUUGCUCCUUCGAUUAUACAAUAAUCCACAAGGAAGAAAGAAAUGAGUGUACACUAAUAAAUGUCUCCGAGUCCUUUGAUCGAUAAACUAAUGGAACGAAGUCUUACAC